AUGGGAGCCCACGAAAGAAGCGAUUACCCCAUGAAGGAUAUUGAAUAUCCGCUUGCCAAUGAUGUGGUAUACGGCAGGGGUGGACUAGCCAACAAUCACAAAGGCAACAAGCGAUUCCGCUCCAUUGUGAACACCUUCAAAGCUCAAUACGCGGUCUCCUCUCGUCACGAAAAGACCGCCAUGGCAGAGUCCUUGGUCAAGAAAUGGAGGGACCAGACUCCCCCAGGCCGUUUUCUCAAGCUCAACCCUGCCACUGACCUCUGGGACGAUGUUGGUAAGAAAGCCAGGGGCAAAUGCAGUCAAUUGCUACGCGAAAAGGAAGAUAGCAAAGACGAGGAUGACUUCGACGAAGUCGCCAACGCGGCACUGGCAGGAUCAGAGCAAGUCGAAGACAUCCAACCACUACCUCCCGCGCCCAUGGAAGACGAGGACAAAUACAGCUCCCCUCUGCAAAACAGGACUACCCGAGAAAUCCAACCCGUGUCACCCGAUUCAGUCAUGGACAUGCCAUUCUUCUGCGUCGAGAGCGUCGCCAAGGCUGCAUCAGCUCGUCAGGAUGAAGCUCAAGCGGCCUUCUCCAGCAUGCUCCAGGGUUUCAAGACUCCUGCCCUUCCCCCCAGGCAAAAGCUCAAGCGCCGCAAGUCCAGCAGCAGCAGCGCUUCCGACAUCAAGCCUGCCGCCAAACGUCCUUCGGUGGCCGACACUCCUCAGGGAUCUUUCUUUCGCAACUUGAUCCCCAAGAAUAUCAAGGUGGUCACCAUCGAACAGGACAACGCCGCUGGAUCCCCCACGCGAGGCAAGCCUGCUGCUGUGGUCAAGAAGGAGACCGUGGCACAUAUUGAAUGCCCCAUGGAAGUCGAGACAAACGCCCCCGCAUGCAACACCGAUGCCAUCUUGCUGGAGGCUGACAAGGCAGCCUCCAAUCAGCGCGAGGCAUGCGCGGUGGGCUGUGACAUUCCACGCCCCGCCAAGGUCUCGUAUUCUAAAAGGGAAAGAUCCAUCGAUAUCUUCACCAUGGAGAUCAGUGUCGACAACAAAAAGUCAGGGGGUCUCGGCGACAGCGAGCAUUCCUUCUCGUUGAAGAGUUUGGAGAUGGAAUUUGAUGACGAUCCCAUCCUCAAGAAAUGCUUGGAACUCUACGAGUCCUCAGAACACAGCGGUACAGCAUCCCGAAAGUCAACGGCAACCUUCUCGCUCAACAGUAGCAGCAGCACAAUGGACCACAUCAUGGAAGACAUGACCGGCCAGAGAAACACGUCUUCGGACACGGCCAUUUCUGGCCAUUCUGUCAGCGCCAUUCAGUGUUGGGAAGCAGCCUAUGGGACUGGUGACAACGAGAGUCAACCAGACCUCGAUGACUUCUCCUUGAUGAGCACGGAGUCGUUCCUUGACGAUCCAUCCUUUGACGACGAACCAUACGCCAGGGCCGUCGACGAACUGUCGCAUGAGGGCUUGGAUAGUGGGUCGAGCCACACGGCAAAGUCCGUGGACAGCGAAACGCUUCACCAACUAGUACAAGGAACUGCCCAAGCCACCCUGGCGUAG